GAACAAUUUAUAUUUAGCUCAGUUGAAUGAAAUUAAAUAAUUUUGGGUCAUGCUCAAUUUUGGUUUUCUCAGAGGCGGCCGGACCAUUGUCGUAUUUGAAUCAGUGAACGAGCCAGGAAAAUCGUGGAAUGUUAUCGACCAUGGAAGGGCGACCAAAGAGACAAAGUGCAACUGAAAAGAAUUAUAGAGAAAGAAAGCGGAUACGAAAAGAAAGAGAGGGCGAUCAACAAACUGGUGAUAGCAGUAACAAUAACGAACCACAACUAUUACCAGACAUUGUUCAAGAGCAAUGUCGACAGUUAUAUAAAGCUAUCAAGGAGUAUCCUGACCCGGAUGAACCAGAGUACUUUUUGAGCACUCUUUUUGCCCAAUUGCCUUCGAAACGACAAUAUCCAGAUUACUUCGAAGUAAUUAAAAAUCCUAUCGCACUAUCUAAUAUCAAGACUAAAAUCGAUCAACAAGAAUAUAAAUCUGUUGGUGACUUGAAGGCUGAUAUUGAUCUUAUGGUGUCCAAUGCCAAAAAAUAUAAUAUCAAGGAGUCUCAGGUUUAUCAGGAUGCCAUUAAAAUUCAUAAACUGGUGAAGCACUGGCGUCCAGAUGGCCAGGACAAGAGCCACAGCCAUAGCAAGAAGAACAGUCCUAAAGAGAAAUCAUCUUCUGCGACAUCCUCCCCUGCAGACGAAAACAAGGGCAAGACAGUGCUCAAAUUGCCAGGCGGUGCUUUUGGAAUCCGUCAGCAACAACCACCAUCGCAACCACAACAUCAGCAAUUAACAUCACCACCGCAACAGCAGCACGUCAAGGCUAUCCGUCUGAAAGCGGUCGACAAACAAAGCAAGAAGAGAACCGUUCCUCUGCCAGAGCUUAUGGAUGCAAUCGGUCGAUCGGAUGGAAAGAAAGCACUCGAGCUAUUGGAAACGGAUCCUGCUAUCAACGUGAACGAGCUAAUGGAAGUAGAAAUGUUUGGCGAUAAGUUCAAGUGGGGUCCUCUGCAUGCGGCAUGUUAUUAUGGCGACGUCAAGGUUGUUCAAGCCUUGGUCAAUAUGGGUGCAAACGUUGAAUUGAACGAUACUUGGUACUCGGCUACACCACUUGGCUGGGCUGCUUUUGGAGGUUUGUUUUCCAGAGAGAAGCGUGUGCCCAAGAAAAGAUAUCUUAGGUAUCUGAUUCAUUGCUUACCUUUCUGAUAGACAAAGACAAAGUGGCUCGCUUUUUGGUGGAGAAACACAAUGCAAACCGCAAGGCAAAGAAUAUACAUAACCAAGUCCCAUUCGAUGUAGUCACAGACAAGGAUGAUCCUCGUUGCAU